AGAAAAGUUGAGUUUACAAACUUUGGGACGGGAGCGGAGUCCGGGCAGGAGCAACAAGAUCUAUCGAACUGGCCGGAGCAAAGGGAAAGUAGCUACAUUUCAAAUUACUUUUCUCAUGUAGGGACACAUUUUAGUGUUCUCUAUCUUACUAUUCUAGAAUAGUUUUAAUGCGAGUUUGACGGCAGAAAGGUGAACUAUUUUUGUCCACACAGAGGGUUCAUAACAUACAGAGUAGCCCAGGCCUACUUCAGAAGGUUCAACGUUUGAUAUUUGUAUAAAGCCUCAACUUUAAAUCGUUUUUAUAUUUUCUGUAUUGCUCUAACUUUUCAACUAAGGCAAAAUGAGCAAACCACUUCAGCCAAUGCCAGGACAACAAGUUAUCCAUGUCGCGCAGGACUCGGAUACGGAUCUCGAGGCGCUUUUUAAUUCGGUUAUGAACCCGAAACCCAGUUCAUGGAGGAAAAAAAUGUUACCCGACUCUUUUUUCAAGGAGCCAGAUUCUGGAUCUCACUCCCGACAGUCGAGCACUGAUUCGGGCAGCCACCCGCCCAGACUCACCGUACAACAUGUACGGUCACAUUCCUCGCCCGCGACUUUACAGCUUGGAUUGGGAGCCAACCCAACUCCAAGCCCGGUACAUCACUCGCAUAUCCGCCACCAGUCUUUCGAUGUUGCCGAAGAGUUGCCCCAUGGAUGGGAGAUGGCCUACACGUCCAACGGACAGAAGUACUUUCUCAAUCACGUGGAGAAGAUCACCACUUGGCACGACCCUCGGAAGACCAUGACGACAGCCAUGAACCAGAUGAGUCUCCACGCCCCCCCACCCUCUGCCAGCCCACAGCAACGCAACAUGGCCCUGUCCCAGCCCAACCUUGUGAUGUCCCAACACCACCACCAGCAGCACCUGCAACACACCCAGCAACAGCAGCCCCAACAGGCCCAGGCCCAGGCCCAAGCCUUGGGUUCGCCUGGCUCCCUCCCCCAGCAGCAGAGCUCCCAGGCUGGGAUGAUGAGCCUGUCCAGUCCCCUGGGCGUGGUGGUCAGUGCCCAGCAGAAGAUGAGGCUGCAGCGCAUCCAGCUGGAGAGAGAGAGGAUCCAGAGACGCCAGGAGGAGCUCAUGAGACAGGAGGUGGCGCUGUGUAGACAGCUCCCCUUGGACUCUGAGAGCAUGGCACCAGUGCCCACUCCCUGUGGAAACCCUGCCCAGCCCAUGACCCAGGGUAACAUGCCCACCAACGGGUCCGACCCCUUCCUCAACAGUGGUCACUUCCAGCACUCCCGGGAGCAGAGCACAGACAGUGGCCUGGGGCUGGGCUGUUACAGCAUCCCCACCACCCCAGAGGACUUCCUCAAUAACAUGGAGGAGAUGGACACAGGUGAGAGCAUGGCCCAGGCGGGCAGUAUGAACGUGUCCCAGCACAGUGGCUUCCCAGACUUCCUGGACUCCCUGCCAGGGACCAACGUGGACCUGGGAACCCUGGAGGGAGCGGACCUCAUCCCCAUUCUUAACGAUGUGGAGUCGGUCCUCAACAAGAGCGAGCCCUUCCUCACCUGGCUGUAAACACACACACACACACACACACAUCUUCUACAAACAUACACACGUAUACACAUACACACAUGUACAACCCUGAACACGCAGACCAACACACAGGACGAAAGACUCCACAUAUCUAAAGACUCUUACUGUCUCUGCUGCCUUUUAGAUACCUAUUCAAAUCAGCUUAGUCUCUUUUCCUCAGACUUCUCCAUAUGUACAGUGAUAUUACGCUCUGUUCGUCUGUCCACCCUCUGCCUGCCAGACCACCUAUCAAUCUGGUGGUCUGUAAGAUGUAUUAACCAAAGCCUUUAGAGAACAAAAACGAAUCAAAUCAAAACAUGAAUACUGUAUUGGUAACAAAGUUAGUAGUUUUGUAUGUUCUGUAAGACUCGCCCACCCUGGUUUUGGAAUCACAAUAGAUGUAAUUUUUUUUUACAGAUUCACUGUCUCUCUUGGGGUGACUCUCCUAUGUGGAACAAGAAAAAUAGAUAUAAAAUAAUUGGCCUCCAAUGGUAAUGCUUUGCCAUGACAAAACGUAUGCAGGGAGGCUUUUUUUUUUAACCAAUAGGUGGAGCUAUUGCUUAAGCUACUGUAGUUGUAUGAAAUGGAUCUUUACUGGCUACAAGGCUGUCCAUAUGUAGGUUCCUGGUAUAAAGUGCAACUCUGUCGGCUACAGCACUGUUAAACCUUCUUAUCUAACAAAUUAUCUAUCACCAACAGUAUUUUAACUGUCAGUUUGGGUUUGAAUUAAAAACCCACAUUGUUACUGUUGUUUCUGUUCAUAAAAACAAACUUCAGAUUCACUUCUACAUCAGCAUUAGUAGCCAUGAGAACAAAGUGUGUUGUAUACCAAAUAAUGUUUCCUGUUGUUCGCUACAAUGUCACUACAAAAGCUUUAAAACUUUAAAAGUGUUCUGUUUGAUUUUUAAACUGAACUGUUUUUAGUUUUUUUGUCAUUUUAAUAAUUGUACUCCAUUGUAGCUAAUUGAACACUAAAAGCUCAUGCCUCAGUUAUGCAAUGACGUAGAAUUCUGUAUUAUAAUACGUACACUUUUUAUAUCAUACUAUAGUAUUCGUUUUUUUUCUAAUCUGUAAAAUAGCCUAGAUGGGUUCUUGCCAUCUGGCGCCAUUGUAGGACUUCUAAUAUAGACGUUGCAUUUUUUUUUUGUAUUGAUUAAGAGCUAUGAUUCUAUUUUUGUUAUUUUGAAAAAAAAUGAAAUUGAGAUUUCAAAGCACUACAAAUCAGCAAGGGAUUUAAAGAUAUCUGAUCAUGAAGUGAAUGUUGAAGUUAGAUGAUCACCAGAAGCUCCCACUAGACGUUUUGUUUCAAUAUGCAUUGAGGCUUGAUAAUCCUUCAUAAACAAACUCUCUCCUUGGUCUUCUGUCUGUCUUUGGGCUUGCAAAGGACAAUUUUUUUUUCUAAUAUCUGUUCUGCGGGGAAAUAUGCAACAAUAGUGUUUUAUAUGGCCUGAGAUUAUCGUGUCUAUACGUUUAGAGGACUUUUAGUGAAUUGUCAGAUUGGAUUGGCAUGGGGUUGGCAUUCUGAUCUUGUUUUAACGUGCCAGACCCACAACACAAUCUGCUAUGAUCUUUUUUUUUUCUUCUACAUUUGUCUCAGUUUUUGUAUUUGCAUGUUGAUUGACAUAUUUGCUAUUCCUAGCAUUAGGUGGUCUAUAGCCCGACCUUAUAUUGGGACUAUACUGAGUCUGGUUGCUGUGUAGAACGUUAGAACUAAGAAAGCGAUGGAUCCUGGGAAGGGGCAGGUGAAUAGAGGAGGAGGUGUGGGGGUGGGGGGGUUGAGUUUAGGGAGGGUGAAGGGGGUAAUCAACGCACGCCAAAACACUGCUUUUCAGCGCGCCGGGCCAACGCCACACACGGCAUCCUAAUGUCAAGGUGACGGUGUGAAGAGGGGUGUGAGAGGGGGCACACUGUCACCACUACCACCUGUGCCCUUGGAGUGGUGUGGAUUGGGGGGAGAGGGUGUGGAUUGGUUUCAGAGUUUGGAGGCCUCUAUUACCCAAGCAUGGCCAAAGAAGGCUAGCUCUGACAUUGCUAGCAACAUGCUAACUCAUGCCCAGGCCCAGCUGAUGAAAAGGGCUCCAGCGAGAGGUGAUGAGAUCUUUUGAGAAUCAGACAGCAAGGUUAACUAGUCCGAUCAUACAGCUGCCUCUCUUGGUGUCUCUGUGUCAGGGAGGUUCCCUGUUUUGUGUUUUCGGUUGAAUGACGUGCUGUUCCAGCUCUAAUGACACAAGCCAGAGGAGCACUAAAGGGGGGGGACACUGGGCAGGGCUGUCUGUGCACCAUUACCGGGGACACAAUUCAAGGUUGCACCAGUUCGGGUGGACAUAAUUCAAGGUUGCACCAUUAUGAAGGGCACAAGUUUUUAAAUGUUUGAGAAAAUGGACGAUAGCAUUUUUUUUUAUCAGAUUGUCUUUUUGUAAAUCUAUACUUUGGAGGAUAUAAAGACCAGAUGGAGAGAUGGAUUGAUUCUGUGAGACCAUAGGGGCAUGAACGCAGUGGUGGCGUUAUACCAUUUAAAGGGUUUGAGGAAAUGGUUUGGUGUGGAGCACACGUUUUUGACUAGAGGUGCAUAGAGUGGUAUGACAUGGAAUGGAAUAGGCAGGAUAACGCUGUAGCAAUAUAUAGCUCAGUAUAGCGCGUUGGUUAGGCUACGGCUGCACGGUAGGACGGGACGGGACGGGGGGGGGUGUGUUGUCAGUAGUUACAGGGUUCUUGGAAUGUUGAAGGCAUGCUCAUUGGUUGUGAAAAUCAAACUAACAAAAUGGCCGUGUACUGUAUCCUAUCAUGGCAGUGUGGACUUCCAUUUUUACAUGAUGUAACCUCGGCAAGGAGUCUCUGAAAAUUACAGUAAUAUGUUUAAAAAAUAUAUUUUAAAAAAUAAUAAUAAAAUGGAGUCAAAACCAUG